GUCUUGCUCCAUUGUGGCGGCAUCCGAGGCAGUGGUGCAGGGCGUGUGCAUGAUCUUCACCUGGAAGAAGUGGAAGCAGCUGGACCAGCCCCAGAGGACCCUGUGCUGGGAGGUGACACCAGAGACCUGCAGACCCCUCUCACUGGGGCAUACAAACCAGAGCUGAUCUACCAGCUGAAGCAGUGGUAAAAGAGCGGAAGAGACCUUUGUCAAAGCAGCCGUCCAGGUGACAGAGUAAAAGCCAGGGCCAGCCAGCCUUGUCCUAGGGAGGCUUGCUCCUGGAAAGACUAACCCAGAGAGCCAGAAGUUCCUCCAGGUUGAGGUGAGUGAGGGAAAACGUGGAUGGAAAUGCAGGAAGGGUGCUUGAGUCUGGUUACCGUCUCCCCUACGGAGACCUUCUGGAGGAAGAUGAGCCCUAAAGGCAAUGGGCUGGGGACAGGGGAUGUUCCGCACUCAUGCGUUUUACAGCAUCAGGUCUCCACAGGAGACAGUCUCCAUGAAUGUGACUCCCGGGGACCAAGUAAAGACACUUUGGUUGGUGAAGGGAAGACUUACAAAUGCAAGGAAUGUGGGAAAGUGUUUAACAAGAACGGACUCCUUGUUCGACAUCAGCAGAUUCACCCUGGAGUGAAGCCCUAUGAAUGCCAGGAGUGUGGAAAAGCCUUUCGUGAAAAGGUCAACUUCAUUCGACACAUGAGGAUUCACACAGGCGAGAAGCCCUAUAAGUGCACGGAGUGUGGAAAAGUCUUUAACCGCAGGUCGCGCCUCCUGUGCCACCACCGGAUUCACACUGGAGAGAAGCCCUAUGAGUGCAGUGAAUGUGGAAAGACCUUCAACUGUCACUCUGUCUUCAUCCAGCAUCGUAUGACCCACACUGGAGAAAAACCCUUUGGGUGCAAAGAGUGUGGGAAAACCUUUUACUACAACUCUUCCUUAACCCGGCACAUGAAGAUUCAACCCUAUAAGUGCAGUGAAUGCGGGAAGACCUUCACCCACCACUCUGUUUUCUUCCGGCAUAGCAUGACACACACUGCAGGAAAGCCCUAUGAGUGUAAAGAAUGUGGGAAAGGUUUUUACUACAGCUAUUCCCUCACUCUGCACACAAGGAGUCACACUGGAGAGAAACCCUAUGAGUGCCUUGAAUGUAGAAAGGCCUUUGGCUACCACUCUGCUUUUGUCCGACAUAGUAAGAUCCACUCUGGAGGAAAAAACCUUUGAGUGCAAAUGAUGUAGGAAUGCCUUUUUGUGGUUUUUUUUUUUUUUUUUCCUUUGACACCUAAGGAGCCACACCGAAGAGAAGCACUCUGAAUUCAAUGACAGUAGAAAAGCUGUGACCUGCCGCUCAUCCUUAGUUGGCAUUGAAGAAUUCAUUCCAGAGAUAAACUCUAUGAGGUAUGUGCGAAGGCCCGCAUCAGUCAAAGUCAGAGAACUUAAGCUGGGAAAAGACAUUUUGACAAAAACUAGUGAAGAAAAUCUUUUGGCCACAGGAAAUAUCUUAUUUAGCAUCUCAGAAUUCUUUCAGGAGAGAGAUCUAUUGGUUAUUGUGCACUUAAAAGAACCACCCACACCUGUCUCCAUAGUUUAUAUCACUAAGCCAUCUCAGGAAUUUUUUUUUUUUUUUUUUUUUUUUUUACAUAAGAAGGGAGCUAUAAACGAGAAAAAAAGGAAUUCAUGCAUGGCUUCUGUCAGACGUCUCUGAAAGCCACGUCUAUCAAAAUUCAAAUUCAGUCUUCAUUUUGUGGACUACUGAAAGGUAAAAGGGCCUUGCCUUGUUAUUUGUCUCUUAUAUGUAUUCACUGCUGUCUACAGAGGUGUAGACAGGAAACUACACCCUUUGC